UUGCGUUAAAACUCCCAUGACACUUGACAAAAAAGAAAAAUAAGGUUUAUGCAAAUCAUUGAAUUUGUGUAUCACCUAUUUUUUAAAUGUUAACACAAUGGACAGUCUCGAACACGAAGACUUGUUAAUAAAACUUCGAGCCAAACUAAAUGAAGAAAAAAUUAAGCUAUGGGAAUCGCCGUAUAUUUCGGAUAGCGACGAAAUUUCAGAGGCCUUAAAGGAACUGGCAAAUAAAUAUUCUACAGUACUAAAUGUAGACAAUGACAGUGUUCUUCAAGGAUUGCAUGAAUUGCAAAUACAUUCCGUUGAAAGAUCUAAAGCUAACGAAGAAUUCAAGGAGACGGGAUGUGCUACAUUAAGAGUAAAGGUGACAAGGGGGGGACAGAAGCCCGAGACAAUAAAAAUAUUAAAAAAAUUAAAUAUACAGGGAGAUGAACUCAUAAACUCGAUUGCAGAAUUGCUUAAAGUUGAUAAAAACAGGAUAAAGCUGAUUUACAAUGGCAAGAUGAUAACACACAGUUCCAGCCUAGAAACACAAGGAGUCAAAAAUGGAGCCCAACUCUUGGCUUUGGUAAUGACAGAAACCCUUGAGCAAAUACAAAAAGAAGAUAAAAUUUACAAUGAAAUGAAAUCUACGUUAGAUGAUGCAACCUUACUGACUGAUGAUGUCGGUGAUCUUGCAGAUGAUGAAGAGUAUAUGAAGUUAGAAGACCAAUCAGGGCAGACAGUAGAACUACCUCCAGCUGAGAGAAAGGCUCUUCUCAUAGGACUAGCGUUGCAUGAACGCGGACGAGCAGCUGCCCAGAACCAUGAUUACUCUCUAGCUUUGGUGCUACUUCUCGAAGCUGACAGACAAUUGAACGAGUGUAGAUCAUCAUUACUCAGCACAGUGGAUAACUGUGCCGUCUUGCAACUGGAUAUAGCCUGGUGUUACCUCUGCUUGCAGAGUCUGUCUUCUGCCAAUGACGCAGCAAAUCGACUAAUGAGGGCUGAGAAGGCAUUCAGAGCCUCAUAUGGGGAGGAUCAUCAGAGGCUGAUAGCCCUUAAAGGAACAAAUGCUAACGAACGAGUACUGUUCAUGCGGCUCUACUUGCUGCAAGGCAUCGUCGCUUAUCAUCAGAACAAACGAGAGGAAGCGAGGGCGCUAUUGGCGAAAGCCGAGACGGAGCUGAAUUAUUUGAAGGUGGACGAGGCGGCCGUGGGCGCGCUGACCGAGCUCGGCUGGAGCGACGCGCAGGCGCGGCGCGGCCUGCGGGCGGCGCGCGGGCCCGAGCGCGCGCACGCCUGGCUCGCCGAGCGCGCGCGCGAGCGCGACGACGCGCGCCGGCGCGACCUGAGGCGCAGGGAGGCGCAGACGGCGAGCGCGCGGGCGGCGGGCUCGGCGUCGCCGCGGCGGCUGCGCGCGCUGCAGGCCAUGGGCUACGGGCGCGCGCUGGCGGCCCGCGCGCUGCGCCGCGCCGGCGGCGACGUGGCCGACGCCGUGCGCCUCAUCCAGGACGCGCCGCACCUGCUAAGAGACGGUGAUGUAUCAGACUCAGAAGACUUGGAUACAGCGAGCUCUGAUGACUCCCUCGUGGAACCAGAUAACAAGCUGGUUGCUGAGUUAGAAGCCAUGGGUUACCCCCCUGAAGAAGCUCGUACUGCGCUGCGUCUGUCCCACAACCACAUCAAUAAGGCGGUGGACCUCCUCGUAGCGGGAUGCAGUAGUAUCUGCGAUACCGCCAAUCCGUCCACGAGUGACGGCGCGGCGAGGAAGAAGCUAAAAAAGGAGGCCAAGGAAAAGAGGAAAAAGGAACGCGAGCUGGCGCUCCGGCGGCUGAAGAGCGCCAUCCGCGCCGACGAGGACGACUACCUGAGCGCCUCGCUGGCCGAGGAGGAGCAGUUCCUGACGCAGUACAAGUCUCUCAUUUAAAUCUAUUUCGUUUAAACAAUAAGUACAUCAUUGUUUAUGUUUAAAAUUAGAUUAAUAAAUAGUACGAGUUGAGAUUAAUUCUCCUAUGUUCUCCAGGCCACCUGUAUAAUAACAGAACAUCGUAAUUUAUAGUAGUCAUGAGUAUGACUAUACUUAAAUGGCACUGGUAGUUAAAAAAAUCAGAGAACUACCUCUUUUUAUGUUAAAAGAAGCGAUUUGUACGUUAUUGUGACGCAAAACUUCGCCGGCUUUUAUGUUCAACAAUCUCGCGUUGGUAGAUGAGAGUAUUUUCGAGAGUGUGUGUUCUACUAUUAUGUAGUAUUUAUUAAUCUCAUGUUAUAAAGUUUAUUUAGUCAAACGUUAAACGUUUUAAAUUAGUGUAAAAAUAUAAAUAAUAUAUUUUAGGAUUUUGUUUUAAUACCAAAAUUGUGUAAUAAUGUAUGUCAUAAAAAUGACUUUUAUCGACCCCG